AUGAGCGCACCUUGCAGUCUUGAACAUUGUCAUACAAAUCUCUUUGCAUUGCAAAGUUUAAAUGAUAUGAAAUGGAAAUGUUUUCGGCGGUCAUUGAAUUAUCGUCUGGAACCGAAUCAUUACAAAGAUCCGGUUUUAAUCGCCUAUUGGAAUGCUCUACGUGCUGAUACUCUAUGUGCAUGGAGACGUGUACUAACGGAUGAUGGACAAAAACCUGAGAAAGAACUUUGGUUGUUCGGAAUCAACGAAGAUUUACCAUCAGAAUUACCUAAUUUACGACCAAUGCAUCAAGCGAAUGGUUCAUGGAGUGAAAACGCUCUUUCCUACGAUUGUCGUUCGAUGCUAUUCAAAGCCUUACAUAAUAUGAUUGAAAAAUAUUUAUUAUCGAAAGGUUUUGCUCGAAUUAACAAAUGGUUUGUUUUGCCACUCAAUGAUCAUUCGGAUGUUAAAGUGCCCAAUUUUUCAUUCAAUUUCAAUUUUUUUCUUCACGGAGAUAAUAAAGUAUGUGCAAGUGUUGAUGUUCAACGGCAUCGAUACAUCUACAAUCUGACAACUAAAGACCUGGAGAAGACUUCACCAACGAAUGUUAUUUUGGCACCGUACGGUCUGAAUGGAAUGCUCAUCGGUCAUAUUAGUAAAGAUAUUGAUAUGAAUGCAUUGAGAGAAAAUUGGGAACGAAAUUACCCUGUUCGACACAUUGAUGGUCUACCCGACUUUGUUGAAGUCACUGCUGGUACUAUUCGAAUGUUUUAUCCCACAUGUUAUGUAUAUAAAAUCGCGCCGAAUGAGGAACCAUCUCCGAGUAAUGAAACAGCAACAGCAAAUAAAAAACCAGAUAUAUCAUUGGCGAAAAAAUCUAAAAUUCCAACAUCAUCCACUGGUACAUCAUCUUCGUCUUCAUCAUCGGCGCCGACAGCAACAACUACACCAUUGAAUGUCGCAUCAAAAGAUACGAAAAAUGAUAGUGGACUUAUCAAAAGUCUAGCGAAUCAAUUAUUAAUUAGUGCUCAACGAAAUAAUUGUGUUGAUCUUGAUAAAAAACAAGAGAAUAAUAAAUGCUUACUAAUCAAUGAUCCAACGAAUCGUCGCACAUGUCGGUGUCACCAAUGUUUAGCAUCUAAUACUCGGUUAUCAUCGUUUAUUCCAUUUCAUCGCCGUCCUCGCACUACUCCGCCCGUUCAUUCUGAUCCGUCCUCGAUUCGUACCAAAUCUGAACCUAUCAAAGCCGAAAAUCUUUCUGAAUGCAUUGAAAACACAAACACCUUAACUCAGAAUGAUGCUAUAACAUCUCAAUCGACUGCCUCACCUCUAGUUAACAAUCCCACUCCUUCGAAUCAACAGACAAUCAAUGAUAAAACAACUGAAUGGGCUGCUUCUACACCAAACAGUGUUAUUGCUAGUGGUCCACCAUCAGUCCUUGCUCCAAUAACAAAUCUAACAUCUGUACAGACCAAUUCUCCUGCACCAGCUACAGCAACAUCGAGAGGACUGAAACGUUCAGCGACGGUUGCAUUUGAUGAUCCAUCAGUUGUAGAAGACGAUGAAAGAGAGCUUCACAAACAAACGUAUGACUUUCAUCGAACAGAUAGUUUUCUACAAUUGCCACUGAAACGUUUUCGUUCGGAUGCGAACUCAACAAUGAAUAACAUUCAAUCGUUAGCAAUCAAUAAUCCGUCAACAUUUACAACAACUGAUCAUCUCUAUCGACAUGGUCAACCGACUCCACCGAGUCCUAGUCAUUUAUUACCCCGCACAGAUCCAUAUGAUUUCGAUGACGGUGAGGAUUCAGCAUCUCGAGCAAGUUAUCCACCAUCGACCCCGACAGGUACGAAUCGUCAAAAUCAAGCAUCGUUCUAUCCAAAUGACGGUCCCUCGAUGGCCGAUCUCGAUACAAUCAUUGAUUCACAUGAUACCAACGAAAAUAAGAACACCAAUUCAAAUGUUCUUUCACACAUCCUUUCAAAUGGUGGGAUUAAAUCACCUAUGCGUAAAGACAAUUCACUUGUUCAUCCACUUCCACCACCACCUACUUCCUCAAAUCUAUUGAAUACCAAUGGCAAUUCAUUCCCAAUCAAUAGAUCACUCAACGGAGUUUUCCAUGAAAUGGAACAAAUUUAUAACACUCCUCCCGGCUCAUCCUCUUCCGACAAACUUCAGGCGUUGCACUCUCCCUAUGCCAUCAUGGUUGAUAGUGUUAGUAGUGCUGCUUCCACAUUUGAUAUGCUCAAUCAGUUCAGCCAGGAAUCUAUCAUAGCUCCCUUCGGAUCGAUCACUGUCGAAGAUCAUUCAUCUUAUCACGCAUUGAAGAAAACUCUGCUGACAAAGUGUACCAAACGUUAUGAACCAUCGAACUCGUUCUCUAUAACAAUCUCAUCCCAUCAUAAACCAUUGAGACAUUGGAAGCGAACAUUAACAACCAAUGAUUAUUCAGCAAGUCCAUUCAAUAGUCAACAGAUCGUUCGACAGCAACAUACACCACGUUCAACAGAUAUACGAAAUACAUCUAUGUCUAUAUCAAAUGUGCCUACUCCAAAUAUAUAUUCUCCCAUGAACAAUAAUCCUUCGAUUCGUUCAACAGAUUUACAAUCAUCACCGUUUCCAAUACGGUCAGUUGGUAGUGUACAAGCUAUCAAUAGUCCAACACCAUAUUCUCAACCGCCAAUAGUUACUCAAGCUGAAGUUGACUCGCUACUAUUCAACGUUCUAUUAAAUGAUAGUAUUUUGAACUUCUUUCGAGACAUGAACUUCGAUUCAUGUGUACUAUGCGCAUGUACACCAAAUGAAUUGAACAUUCGCGGAACAGAUUCAACAAUGUAUCUGGAAAAACUACGUGAUUUCGUUAAACCACCGUCAACACCAACGUCUGCAGGUGGCCCUAAUCCAUCGACUCAUUCACCUUUCCAUCCGCACAUGUAUCCUCAUCAGCAAUCGUCGUAUCACAUGCAUCCACAUCCAUCAAUGUAUCCACUACAACAACAACAACAGCAGCAACAGCAACAACAACAACAACAUACAAUAUCAUCGACGAACAAUAACAAUAACAAUAACUUAUGCUCAUGUGGGUUUUCUGCUGUUGUUAAUCUACGAUUGAGUUACUUAUCUGGAUUAUUCUAUGAAGACGAAGUAGAAAUCACUGGUAUUAAAGCUGAUUUAAAGUAUCGUACAUCUAAGGAUCAAUUAUCCGUCAGUUUAUUGGAGUUGAUCGAACGCAAGGAAUGCUUACCAUCACCGUUCGACCAUUUCGUUAAUAAGAAUGUUCAAAGUGUAUCGAUAAGCAAGAAAACUGAGCCAGAUAUUUCUCAAAUAUUGAAACAACCGGUUUAUCAAUAUGAAAACUUAGCGUGCCGUGUAGCAAUCGAACAAUCUCGAAGUAUGGUCAACGGUUCAAUCAGUGAUGAGUUAGAAAAACAUCAUUGGCUACAUCAAUGGUCGUAUGCGACGUUUCCAUUGGAUUCUGAUCAACAGUUAAUUACUAUGCUACGUUCUUUACAACCACUGCUAGUUGAAGCAUUAAAGAAAAGAAAUGUCAGUGGUCUAUGGAGUACAAUAGAUGGGCCGUUAACAUGGAAAUCAUUUCAUCAAUUGCUCUACGUCCAAAAUCAACAUGUACAACUCGAAGAUCAAAUCAGCGGUCCACAACCGAUCCCAUAUGUUCUUGCUGGGCUUGAUCGAGAAUGGGUGAUGUUAGCGCCAUACAGUCUCAAGUUUUGGGAUAAAUUAUGUCUCGAACCUUAUUCGAAAGGCAAAGAUAUCGCUUAUGUAUGUGUAGUGCCAGAUAAUGAUUAUAUAUGCUCGAUGACCAAAACAUAUUUUCGAGAAUUAUCAACCCAUUAUGAACUAUGCCGAUUAGGUUUGCACAGACCAUUGUUAAAAGCCUUCUCUGAUCAAGGUCUCCUACGUGUAACACAACCAACGAAUGAUUCAACACCAUUACCAAAUGUUGACCAAUGGUUUACAGACCAUGAAACUACGCAUCCCCUUGGAAAACGAUUGAAACUCUACGCUCAAACUAUCAAAGGGCAACUAUAUAACCUGCUAUCGACACAAUCGUUUGAUAAUACAUUAUUAGAAGAAGGUUCAACACGUCGCGAUGUAUUUCGUACUCCAAACGAUCUUUCCAAUCCAUCCUCCUCUUCAUUUGAUCUUCAUACAUCUACUAAUGAUCUGACGAAUAGUGGAUAUGCACUUUCGCCUUCAUCGACAUCAUCAUCCACAACGACAGCGUCGACAGCAACCGGCAACAAUCUUCCAGCCAAUAAUAUCUACACCACAGGAUCAGCGACGAGUGAUUCUCUAAGUCUAUCCUCGAAUAAUGUUUCAUCAUUAACCAAUGGAACAUUCGUAAACGGCCAUCAAGUCGAUCCAGUUGAUUUGCAAGCAUUUGAAUCAUUUCAUCAGGGACGAACAUCGAAUGAUGAUCAAUUCUUUAUUGUUAUUUACCUUAUUGAUACAUUUCGAUAUGAAAUAACAGCAGCAAUUACCGACGAGAAUGGCACUACUAAUAAUACAACGAUCGAUGAUAUGAUGGACGCCUAUGUUAAAAAGGCUAUUUUCCGUGCUUAUAUGGAUCUGAUCAAGGAUCUAUCAGAUAAAACAUGCAUUCGAGUUAAUAUUCAAAUCAUUCCAUUCGAAUCGAUUAUAAGUCAACAAGUUGAAUCGGAUUCUGAAUUGCGUUUAACUCAAUUGAAACGUUUAGCAUUUAAUGUAUAUGGACAAUUAAAGCGAACCAUAUCUUACACGACAAGAGCAAAAUCACUAACUGGCUUUGGUCCAGCUGCAUCCGAAGAAAAAAUGCCAGCCAAACUCGUUAUGCAACUCUACACACCGGCAUAUAUUCUUUCACCGAAAUCUGAUUUCCGUUUCAAAGCCUUUGCUGAUAUAAGUGAACAGACGAAUAUCAACGGAAGCAUUUUAUUUUGUUCAUAUUGUUUGUCUGAUGAUCAACGUUAUCUACUGGCUUCAUGUUCAGAUGACCGAGGAGAAUUGCUAGAAACAUGUUCCAUCAAUAUUGAAGUACCUGACAGACACCGAAGAAAAGUACAACAUGCUCGACGAAUUGGUUUACAAAAACUAUGGGAUUUCAUUAUGCGAGUCGUCACAAGCACGACCAUGCCAUGGAGAAUUGUUAUUGGAAGAUUAGGAAGACUUGGACACGGAGAAUUAAAAAGUUGGGGAAUAAUCCUAUCGAAAAAGAAUCUUGUCCGUUGUGCAACAUUGAUACGUGAUUCAUGUCCAAUGUGUCAUAUUUUACGUUGUCACGAUCAGCCUGUUAUUUUAUCUGCUUGUUUGAUAUCAAUGGAAGUCCAUCCAUCAUUGACUGUUCUACCCGAAUCAUUAGAACUUGGAGAAAUGCGUGGAACACAAGUACCGAGCAAUAAUGCGACGACCAUGCAAAAUGGCGGACAAAUCUUAGACGAUGUCUCAGUAACACAUAUUCUCACUUUACCCACCUCAGCUUCUGUACAGCACGUGCAAACAAUGCCUCGACAGAAUGAUCAUCGUUCCACAGUUGAUAACGAAGAUGAUCUCUUCAGUAAAUUGUUCGAGGAUCUUGAUCCGGAAGGACCACCUAAUGAAGCAUUCGAUAACAUAACGUCUCCAACCCCAGUUGAUAUCGAAUUUUCUUCAAACUACGGUCUAGACAUGAAUCACAAUGGAAAUGCCAAUGUUCUGUCCGGUGGCCAUCAUAAUCGUCUGGGUAAUUCUUCCAAUGCCCAAAAUGAUUACAAUGGUAAUCAUCCAUAUGGCAAUUCUUCUAAUGGUGGAAAUCUCAAAUCAAACUCGUACCAACAUUUCGAAUAUGAAAUCGAUAUGAAUGAUCAUCCAUCAUUACAUCAACAACCAUUAGCAUUGGGUUUUUAUGUUUCAACCAUUGGAACACUAAAUCCUUUGCCUCUAUGGAUGUUGCAUGGAAAGUUGAAUCAUCGAGCCAAUAAUAGUUGUAGUGUUUUCAAAGCGACACUACAUGUCAGUGUUCCCAAUGCUCAACAUUCAGAUGAUAUGUUAUUCGCUCAGAGUAAUGAUCAAAAACUAACUCAUCCAUUAGAUUCGAAUUACACAUAUGUUGUACUAAGACAUGUUUUGGAAUCGUACAAUCGCUUAUCAUGGUUAUUAAUUGAUGCGAAAACGAAUGAACGUGCUAGUUGUUUACCAAUUCAUAUGGAAACUCUACUAAGACUAUACCACGCUUUCGUGAAAUUUAAGACGAGAGAUAAAGAAUCAAAGGAUUCGAUCAGCACACGUUUAACACAACGUACUAUUACGCGCACAUCAACAACAAUUAGGAAAAAUAUAAACUCAAUCAGUCGAUAG